AAUUAUGUAAUAGGUCUGUGUGAAGUCGAGACAGGACUCCACUGACAGGAUCCGCUUCUUUCUUCCGUGCUUAUCCUCCAAACCUGUCGCGAUAAAUGGGUCGAUUUUUCGAUUCUUGUCCACCAAACUUGCUCGAAUGGAUCCAAAACCAGCACAUAUUUUGGGUAGCAACUGCACCUCUAUCCCCUAAUGGGCACGUUAACGUCUCUCCCAAAGGAGCGUUUGAUUGCUUCCAUGUUAUUGGUCCGAACAAAGUCUGGUAUGAAGACUUGACUGGAAGUGGCAGUGAAACCAUAGCCCAUUUGCGUGAGAAUAAGCGUAUUACGGUCAUGUUCUGUGCCUUCGAUGGACCGCCUCGUAUCGUAAGGCUUUUCGGAACAGGCACAGUUCACGAGUUUGGAACUCCAGAGUAUGAAGUACUCGUUCCACGGCAGAAACGAAAGCCCGGCUCACGGUCUGCGAUAGUUGUAGAUGUCCAUAAAGUUGGAUCAUCCUGUGGUUACUCCAUUCCUUUCUUUGAUUUCAAAAAGGAACGAACGCUUCUGCUCGAACGCAUGUCAAAACGAGAAGCUGGAGCAGUUUACACAACACUGGAUCCGGCGACUGACAAAGGUCUGCGAGAAUAUUGGUCGGCAAAUAAUGUCAAGAGUAUCGAUGGCCUCCCAAGUUUGAUAAGUGCACCAAAUGCAGAAAAUACGCCUUCGAACAGCUGGGCAUUGGAGGAUGAGAAUGAAAGAAGCAAUAAAAAGGUUUUAACGUAUCAGAGACAGGAGCACGUAACCGGCUUCAGAAAUAGCAAUAUUUCCAACAAGGCCUUAGUACACCAGCUGGUAGCAGCUUUUGCAUCUGGUGUCUUCACAACGCUUUUGCUCGUCAGGAUAUCUCGUUUGAUUACGUGGUAGCCUGCUAGUAAUC